ACAUGAAUCCCUCAAAAACUCUGAAGUAUGAAAUGGGACAAGCUUCAAAAUUUCCCAAGCAUGACUUAUUCAGCCAGGUGCCUUAGCAAAAGGACUAGGUCAAAGUUUGAAAUCUAUGAGCACUAUCAGAGUUAAUGCUGAACGAAGGACUCCGAUUGCCAAAAAUAGAAGUUACUAUACAACAACUUCUAAGUUGAAUAAGCUAGCAGAUAAUAGUUUCCAUAUGCAUCCUUGUUUUAAGGAAAAGGAAGACAAUGCUCCCCUCCAUCAAGAAGCUGAAAUGAAUCAAUACACUUUGACUUGUGAUGCAAGGGGUCAGGGACAAAGCUUAAGGAUUAAUUCUGAAGAAAGGACUAUGAUUGGCGAAAAUAGAAAUACUACAACAACUUCUAGUCGAAAUAAGCCAGCAAAGAAGAGUAUCCCUGUGCCUCCUGAUUUUAAUCCAAUGGAAGACAAUGACACCCUCUUUCUAGAAACGGAAGUGACUCGAGAUACUCAAAGAAGUGAUCAUUUGCAAAAGAGUCCAUUUGAAUUCGAUAAGUCCAAAAAAGUGAUUGAAGUGCCUCGAGUUGCCCAAAGAAGUCCGUUUGAAUCUAGAAAAGCAAAAAAAGUGGUUGGAGUAGCUCAAGGUUCCAAGGGAAAUCAAAAUAGUCAGUAUUUUCUUGUUGUUACCUAUAAAGCAGCAAACAAAUUAUCUAUGACUCGCUUCCCUAGGAAAUAGAUAUGUUAGAAUAUGACUAGCAUUUUCAGGAACAAGGACCUUCGAGAUAAGGGCAAUAUUAGUAGUUAUUUGUCUCAGUAACUCUCCAUUCUGGAAAAAUUGCAAUCCUGCUUCAGCAACAUCUUUCUUAGAUUGUGUCCAUUCCCCUUUCUGUAUCACAUUUUGUUUUUUGUGGGGAUUCUCACAUUUGUUCUGCCUGCUUUGUCUAGUUAUCCCUUGGUUUGGAACUGUGGAUUGGUACCUCUCAAAGGUAAAGGAAAUUUAGUGAUCCGAUAGCAUGGUAUUUUGGAUAUUAUAUCUUACAAU